CAAAAAAAUGUUUUUUUGAGUUGUGGCACUGUUGCCAACCACGCCCCCUAACCACAUUUUUUGUGAUUGCAGCAUUUACAAAUGUUGUCCACUUAUUUAAACACCUUGCCGUUGCCCAAAUUCGUCCUAAUUGAAGAUUCAGUGGCGGCAAAAGGGGGCGAUUUUUUCGAACACCAGCUCAGAAGUCACGCCAAUAGGAGUGACUACGCCACUCAUUUGCUCAUUUUUGAGAGUUAUUUCACUAGUUUGAAAAACAGACACAGUUCUUGCACUUGUCAUGACUUUACCAGUGAUUCCCUCAACUGGUUUAAAAAAAGUGCAGAUUUGACGAGUCUUACAAGUUUGAAUGAGAAUUGUGUGAUUUUUGUUGAUUCCCUGGCUCAUGUUUUGUACCGUUUUGGGGCCGCUGAGACGUACAAAUUAUUCACACAAUUGAAAAAUAAAAAAAAUGUACAACAAGUUGUUACAGUUUUACACACCGAUUUACUGGAAAAUAAAGAUAAAAUUGUUAAAUAUUUUCGCCACUUAGCAACGCUUUAUAUAGAAUUGGACACAAAACGCUUAUCGUAUUUGUAUAAAAAGAGUCAUAGGAAAGUUAUAAAACAAAUCGAGAAUUAUCACUUUGAUAAUAAGAGAUUAAUCACCGAAACGAUCAAAAAACCAGACAAGGAAAUAAUCGCAGAGACUUUAAAUCGCCUUCCGGAGAACUUGUCCACUUUUAGGAUAGGUUUGACUGAGAAGGAGAAAGAAUCAAGGGAUGGUUUAGUUCUACCAUUUUUACCCAAGGAAAGUGAAAGUUCGGGUGGAAAAAUACACUAUUCCUUGGAUGAGAUUGACGAUUGGGACGAAGAAGAUCCAGACGAUGAUCUCGACAUUUAGUUACAUUUGUUUGGAUUUAUAUUGUUAUUAAUAAAAAGUUUUUUUACGAUUA